GUGCUGGAGAGUGAGGGAGAGCUGCCCGGGCUUGACCGGGCGCUGGUCUAAAAGUCCUGGCUUUUACCCCUCCUCCUUCCUCCCCUGUUGACCGUUCCGCUUUGCAGAGUUUUCAAAAACUGGAGCGAAAGUGAUGUGGGCGGGGCACAGGCGGCGGGAAGAGGGGAGUUGAGGCUGGCGCGGGAACUUGGUUUCCUGGCGGCCUCCCAUCCAAUCCCCACGAACCAGCUUUCCUCUUAAACCUUGAAAAGAGAAAUUCGGGAGUCCGAGUAUAAGUUCUUAUUCGUCCUUUCCUCUUUUCCUUUCAGACAGGAUCACCCCAGGCAAAAACUAACUGCCUCGCGGGUUAUUGGCGUCAGGCUUUCAGGGGACAGUGGGGCGGGGUGGGCACAGGACGUUAGGCAGCCGAUGGCCCUGCCUAACGUCACACGGUCCUGUCAUCCUGGAUCCUGCGCCUGCUGCGUGGGGGAGGGGAGACUCCAAGAUGAAUUUCCUCUGCUGACAACCAAACGUGUGUUCUGGAAGGGUGUUUUGGAGGAGUUGCUGUGGUUUAUCAAGGGAUCUACAAAUGCUAAAGAGCUGUCUUCCAAGGGAGUGAAAAUCUGGGAUGCCAAUGGAUCCCGAGACUUUUUGGACAGCCUGGGGUUCUCCGCCAGAGAAGAAGGGGACUUGGGUCCAGUUUAUGGCUUCCAGUGGAGGCAUUUUGGGGCAGAAUACAGAGAUAUGGAAUCAGAUUAUUCAGGACAGGGAGUUGACCAACUGCAAAGAGUGAUUGACACCAUCAAAACCAACCCUGACGACAGAAGAAUCAUCAUGUGUGCUUGGAAUCCAAGAGAUCUUCCUCUGAUGGCACUGCCUCCAUGCCAUGCCCUCUGCCAGUUCUAUGUGGUGAACAGUGAGCUGUCCUGCCAGCUGUACCAGAGAUCGGGAGACAUGGGCCUAGGUGUGCCUUUCAACAUUGCCAGCUACGCCCUGCUCACGUACAUGAUUGCGCACAUCACGGGCCUGAAGCCAGGUGACUUUGUACACACCUUGGGAGAUGCACAUAUUUACCUGAAUCACAUCGAGCCACUGAAAAUUCAGCUUCAGCGAGAACCCAGACCUUUCCCAAAGCUCAAAAUUCUCCGAAAAGUUGAGAAAAUUGAUGACUUCAAAGCUGAAGACUUUCAGAUUGAAGGGUACAAUCCGCAUCCGACUAUUAAAAUGGAAAUGGCUGUUUAGGGUGCUUUCAAAGGAGCUUGAAGGAUGUUGUCGGUCUUUAGGGGUUGGGCUGGAUGCAGAGGUAAAAGUUCUUUUUGCUCUAAAAGAAAAAGGAACUAGGUCAAAAAUCUGUCCGUGGCCUAUCAGUUAUUAAUUUUUAAGGAUGUUGCCUCUGGCAGAUAUAACUGCCAGUUCUUUCCAUAAUAAAAGGCUUUGAGUUAACUCACUGAGGGUAUCUGAAAACGCUGAGAUGAUGAACAAAGGAGAAAGAAAUGUAUGUGCUCUUAGCAAAAACACGUGCGUGCAUUGCAAUCCCACGUCCUUAUAAAGAAGGUUGGUGAAUUU